AUGUUUCAGCGUCGCACAGUAGUUGCUGCCAAGCGCUCCGUCGCUCAAUGGAGGACCCUCGCAACUGCAUCUCCCGUGAAAGCUGCACGAAACCACAAGAUUGUAGUGGUCGGCGGUGGUACUGCUGGUCUCUCCAUCAGCCACCAGCUGCUGCACUCUGGCAAAUUUGCGCAAGAUGACAUUGCUGUGGUCGAUCCAGCCGCGUGGCAUAACUACCAACCUGGUUGGACACUGGUUGGCGGUGGCCUCAAGGACAAACAGGAGCUGCGCAAGCCAUUGAACAGCUUGAUCGAUCCCAAAUUCAAGUUUUAUAACGAGGGUGUUGGCGCCUUUACCCCCACGGAAAAUGCGCUCACCCUCGAGAAUGGCAACAAGAUCAACUACCAGCAUCUGGUCGUGGUGCCCGGUAUUAGCAUCAACUAUGGCGCUAUCAAGGGUCUCUCUGAGGCUCUCGCGGACCGGAACUCAACGGUUUCAACAAUCUACAGCUACGACACAUGCGACAAGGCUUUCCGCAAUAUUGAAAACUUCCGCGGAGGCAACGCCAUUUUCACUCAGCCAGCUGGUGUGAUCAAGUGUGCGGGUGCUCCGCAGAAGAUCAUGUGGCUUGCGUUGGAUCAUUGGAAACGAGCUGGCCUUUACAACCCUACCGGCCCCUCUGAUGUCAAGAUCAGCUUUGCAACCGGUCUCCCAGUGAUGUUCGGUGUGCCCAAGUACAGCGCCGUCCUCGAGCAGAUGCGGAAGGAUCGCGGUGUCGAGGGAUUGUUCCAGCACGAUCUCCUUGCCAUUGAAGGCAAGGCUGCCAUCUUUGCCUCUCCCGAGGGAGAGGUCACCAAACAAUUCGACCUGUUGCACGUCACCCCCAAGAUGGGUGCUCAUGCUUUCGUCAAGAACAGCCCUCUGGCCAACGAGGCCGGAUACGUCGAUGUGGACGACAACACCACCCGUCACAAGAAAUUCCCUAAUGUCUGGUCUGCUGGUGAUGCCUCCAGCUUGCCCACAUCCAAGACCGCCGCGGCAGUCACCUCUGAGGCACCGGUUCUUGUUCGCAACCUUUUGCAGAGCAUGGAGGGCAAGGAACUGGAUGCUUCUUACGAUGGAUACACCUCGUGCCCGCUCUUGACCCAGUAUGGCAAGGUCCUUCUUGCUGAAUUCAAGUACGCCGGAGUGCCCAAGGAGACAUUCGGCGACUGGUUCGGUAUUGACCAGGCUGAGCCCCGUCGUUCGUUCUACCACCUGAAGAAGGACUUCUUCCCUUGGGUGUACUUCAACUAUAUGAUCAAGGGUAACUGGGGUGGACCGAAGGGCUGGCUAUAG